AACAAACAACUAGGUCGUUUCCACAGAGUGUUCAAAAUUUUGUGAUUUUAACUUUUCAAUAUGCUUCCUGCGAACUUGCAUCAACUUCAAGUGGUGGCAUGUUCCGUUUUGGUGCUCGCCAUCGUCUGGCACAUUUACCAAAGCAAUAGGGACGUGCAAAUGCUCAGAGAAGUGGUUAUAAGUCAAGAGGAUGAAUUACUCAGAAUUCGAGACCAGCACAAAACUAAUCAAGAAUCUAUGGACAAUUUGUGGAAGGAUGUGAUGCGAGAGGCGAAGUAUUUGAUUCGCCGCGAGGAGGAUCUUUACCACGAGCAUUUGAUGAAAUUAGUCCAAGCCUACGCAAAUCAAGAAUUGUUUGAUGCAAAUUUGGUGCAGCAGCGCGUUUUAGCGCAGCUCAAGAAACAUGUGGAUAAAGUUGCAGGACAACAAAAGGGACCAGGGGGAAGCCAGGUCCUGCAAUCCUUGAAGAAUGACGUGAAAAAAUUUUCUGGCUCCUUUGUAGCGUCAAAUUUGCCUUUGAGUGUUCGCCAGUGGUUUGUUUAUUUCCCUUCUGAAAUUGAGAGUCUUGUUAAGUACGAGGCGAAUAACAAGGUUCUACUGGAGUUUGUACUGAAAAAUCUUUGGGUGUCACCACCUUCCAACGAGCUUCCAUAUUCCUUGAGCAAACCGCACAAAGAGGACGGCUCUGAUGGCCUGGUCCUCCAGUUUAUUCAAAUAUUCGAAAAUAAAAAAGAUGGAAUUUUUAUCGAGUGCGGGGCAGGUGAUGGAGAGUCGUCAUCCAGCACAUUGUAUCUUGAGAGACGAAUGGGUUGGAAAGGCGUAUUAGUGGAGGCCAGUCCGGACAAUUUUGCACAACUCGUGACAAAAAAUAGGAAAUCUGCCCUGGUUCCGGCCUGCAUUAGUCCCAAUAUAAAACCAACGAUUGGCAGGUACAACUUGAAAGGUCCCGGACCAUUUAUGCUUGAUUUGUCUGCGCCUCAAAAAAAUAGCUCCAAAUCGGAAACGCUUUUUUGCAUUCCACUUCAUUCAAUCUACCUGACUUUGAACAAGCCAACCGUGGAUCUGCUUUCUUUGCACACAGGUGGUGGAACAGAAUUUGAUAUUCUGAAAAGUGUUCCAUGGCAGUCAGUAAAUAUUAACGUCGUUUCCAUAUCGGUGGCUCAGUUGCAAAACAAAAUCGAAGAGAUCAAGUCUUUCAUGAAGAACGCUUCUUAUUUAAUCUACAGUGGACAUGGCAGUAUUCACGAAAAAGAAAAACUCAUAUUUAAAAAAGAAAUAAAAAAUAAAAAUCAGUUAACUUAACAUGAAUGAUAAAUGAUUUUUUUAGACAUAAAAUCUGUAGGCGAUUUUUCAG